GUCGGUCUUGAUCACAAUAAAGACCGACUCAAUACUAUGACUAAGGUCUUCGUUCUUGGUCUUCGUUUAGCUCUUGCUCUUAUCUUCGUUCUUCGCCUUGUAUAUUCAAUGUUCGACUUGAUCACGGCGGUUUGGCAUUAUCAAAACCUGUUACAAAAACGAACACGGCUUUAGUACGAAAACGUGACAAGCCCGUGUUUCAACACUAAAUUCAUCUGCGGCCUAAAGAAUGGAUCCUUUUUUCACUGUAUUCCAGUGCCUAAAUUAAUUAACCUACUGAUCAUCGCAAAUCUCAGCUCUAGCCUCUAGCACACCCGAAUUGGAUAUCCUCAUCACCGACGCAUCAUACGACCUAAUUUUCGUCAUUUUGAUCAUCAGACUAAGUGAAUUCAAAUCGAUCGUUCAGCUCUCUGUCCUUCACCGUGUGUCUCAAUUCACAAUCCUUUGGUCAGAAUGUUUCGUUCAACAACGUCUUCAAUUCUCAAUCGUGCGGCCAGAUUCAAAUGUUCAUAUCAGCAUCCUUCCUCUUCACAAUUGUUCUGCCCCUUCUUUAAUUCAGCAAAGUAUAAGGAAAAUAUGUUUGUAUUUGAGGUUGACAAUCAAGAAUUUUGCUUCUGGAAGUCAAUGAAUUGCCUUAACCAUUCUCUAAUCUUUUGAUUACAGACCACAUUUCUAUAUGGAAUUAGGUAAAUGGAUAACAAGUAUUGGCGAUGGCCUUGCCGGUGAAGAAAAUGAUCGUUGGAGU